GGGGCUGUGCUGGGGGAAUCACUGUGUGUGCAGCAGGACACCAGCGUCCUUCUGCACAUGGGGCACCUCGCCCCGGGCUGGGUGCUGCUGGUCAGCACCUUGGCCAGCGUGUUGGCCACCAGCAGCAAGAGAGACCUGGGUCCGGUCAAGGAGGUGGCGAUGGACAUGGCCAACAACACCUUUGAUGACCAGUACCAGGGCUGCAGCCGCGUGAUGGAGGAUGAGCUGGAGGAGCUGAACCGCACUGAGUUCGCCAACGAGGUCUAUGCUGAGGGAUGGAGAAAUGCUGCCAUGGAGUGGCGAAAUCGAUGGGGUCGUGCUGACCGCCCACCGGCGCUGAGAAGGGAUCAGGCCACAGCCAUGCUGGCAUACACGAUGGAGGGAAAACUGUACCACCGGUUCAACAACGCCACGAGAGGGGAUGGCAUCUCUCGGCAGCACUACCUGCGUUCUUUCCCCUUCAAGACGCUGCACUUCCUUCUGAGCAGAGCCCUGCACACCCUGUGGGAAUCCCAGCCCCAGCAAUGCCACAACGUCUACCGCGGCGUAAAGGGCACCCGAUUCACUGCACAGCAAGGCACGAUGGUUCGCUUUGGCCAGUUCACCUCCUCCUCCCUCCGGAAGAAGGUCGCUGAGUCUUUUGGCCAGGACACGUUCUUCUCGGUGGAGACCUGCUAUGGUGUGCCCAUCAAGGAAUUCUCCACUUUCCCUGGUGAGGAUGAAGUCCUCAUCCCACCCUUCGAGCAAUUCAGGGUCACCAACUCCACCUACACUGAGGGAAGAAGCUUCAUCCAGCUCCGCUCCCAGGGGAAGAGCAGCACCUACAACUGCGAGUUCGUGAAGGAGAAAAGGUGCAAGGAGCGGCCAUGCGCUUUCAGUGCAGAAAGGAGCAGCCCCAUGGAACCCCCACACCUCUGGGGGCUCCUCCUGGCAGCCUCAGCCCUGGCAGCCCUGGGAGAGCCCUGAGCCGCCCACCGCACUGCUGCCAUCCCUCGGAGAUGGACACCUCUCCGUGACAUUCCCAUCAGACCCUGCUGGAGCUUUUCACCAAGGCUUGUGCCACGGCCGUCAUGCCUGCUAAAGACUGAGGACAUCUUUGCUUGCGGGUCCUGCCAUGCUCCCCUCCACACUGAGGCCACCUCCAAGCACCAAGCUGUGCUGCAUGACCAGACUGCCUUGUCCCCUCCCUGGAGCAGAGCCCGUGGGACCUGGAUCGCAGGGCGCAGAGCAGCUCUCUCCCCACCCCCUCCUGCGGUCCCACUACUCCCCUUCCCCUGCACACCCGCGUGGCUUUGCAGAGCUCUAAGUUCCUCCAGCUCCCCAUGCUCCCGAUGGUCCCUGAGUUCCCCAGCAACAGAGAAGUUCCCUGCAUGAGAGCCCAGCUGGCAGCCUGGACCCUCCUUGAGCUCACAGUUGUAGGUGCUGUUUUCCCACGGGGAGCAGAGAUGGAUGAAGGUUUUUCCUUUGUCUUUUUUUGAUGGUGACCUCGAAGGUCUCAAAGGGUUGGAUGAGGACCAUGUCCUCGUCAAGGUGGAAGGAGAAGUCUUUGAUGGGGACAGCAUAGCAGGGCUCCACUGAGAAGAAGGUGUCCUGGUCAAAAGACUCAUUGGCCUUCUUCUGGAGGCUGGAGGAGGUGAACUGGACAACGUGGGCCAUCUUGCCUUGUUGUGCUGGGAAGUGGGUGUUCUCAAUAGAACAGUAGAUGUGGUGGCAUCGUUAGGCCUGGGAUUCCCUCCAGGUCCGGCUCAGGAGGACGAGGAAGGUAAAAGCAGAACGGCCCUUUUGGUGCUCGGUGUGGGAUCUGGAGGGCUGAAAUAAUGGCAGGUCUGAUCAGAGCCUGUUGGAGCAGUCACAAGUCCUCAUCCCACCCUUUGAGUUCACUGAGGUCGCCAACUUCACCUACAGCAAAAGCAGAACCCUCAUCCACCUCUGCUCCCAGGAGUAGAACUGCUCCUGCAACUGUGAGCUCGUGAAGGGUAAGGGGUGCUGGUGAGGUGGGGGCCAACAGGGGUUGGGGCACAGCCCUGGGCAGCUCUGCGCUCCCUGCACUCUUCCAGCCACGGCUGGAUGGGAUCGGGGGACAGAUUGUGUGGCCCCAUCCCCCUGACAGCAUCAUCACGGAGUCCUGGAAUGAUUUGGGUUGGAACAGACCGCAAAACCCGUCCAUUUCCUACCCCUGCCGUGGGCUGGGUGCCCCCACCAGCUCAGCCUGCCCAGGGCCCCAUCCAUGACCUUGGGCACCUGCAGGGAUGGGGCACCCAUGGCUUCAUUAGGCACCCUAAGCCAGGGCCUCACUGCCCUCUGAGGGCAUUAUCCAUAUUCUUCUUGAGCUCCAGCAAACACAGUGCCGUGACCACUGCCCUGCAGACCCCUCUCCAAAGCAUUCUCCUGUCUUCCCGUGAAGGUAGAUGCAAUAAAUCUUCCUAUGCAAUAAUCACGAUCCCAGGGAAAGAUAGCAUUUCAGCUUUUUGCGUCAUGCACCGGAGCUACUGGAGGCUUCGACACAGUGCGUGCCCCCAUAGCAGUGUUUCAAACUUCCUUUGCACCCUCUGUGAGUUCAAACCAGCACAGAAAAUGUGGACGUGUUCAGCAACACCAACAGCACCGCAGCACGGGGGUUAGGAUGGGGACUUUCAGAGCACAGGGCUGUCCCAUGGGGAUGGAUGAACACCACGGUACAUCAGGUAAGACCUGUCACAUCUCUGCCUGGGUGUGUUCCCAAAAAUACAGCUCUGUGAGCUCAGAUACAGCCUUCUCCUGUAGCCAACUGAGAAUCCCACAGGAAACAACUUAGGAAAUAUACUACUCCUUAUCCUAAGGUCAUUAAUUCUCAUUGUUAAACUUCUCCUCUUCUGGCUUUCAGCUCUUGACCCUUUAAUGGCUUAUGAGGUUACAUAAACUCGUUCAGCAAUCUCUGUUACCUUACCGAGCACAUUCAAUAGUCAAAGAAUCACAGAAUCAUAGGAUUAUUGAUACAUACAAUCAUGGAAUCAAGGAAUCAUGGAAUCAAGGAAUCAUGGAAUUACAUAAUCAUAGAAUAAUGGAAUCUUGGAACCGUGAGAUUAUGGAAUCGUGGAAUCAUAGAAACAAUAAAACAUAGAAUCACAGUG